AUGGUCGAUUUUUCUAGUAUCUCGGACCGUAAUCGUGUUUUUGAAGGAGGGCCAUAUUUUUACAAUCAUGUUGGCUUGUUCAUUAAGCCCUGGCAUAGUGGUUUUAAUGCGACAAAAGAUCUUCCUACUCGGGUUCCUGUUUGGGUGCGUCUUCCAUGGCUGCUGUUGGAGUUUUGGAGAGAGGAUAUUCUGCUUCGGAUUGCUGCUCUGUUGGGGAAACCAGCUGCCAUUGCUCAAAAUACUUUGGAGAAAAAGGUAUUUUCUUAUGCUCGCAUCUGUGUUGAAAUUGACUUAAAUAAUCCUUUGCCAGACUCUUUGGAAAUUUUUAUUGGCUCGGCUUCGUGGAUUCAACCGCUUGAUUAUGAGUCCCUCCCUUUUCGUUGCCGCUUCUGUCACGAGUAUGGACACCUUCAGCGCCAGUGUCCUCGGGCACCCAAAGCUGCUGGGGUGUCUUCUUCUCCUUCUUCUGGGCCCUCGGUGGAGAAAGGGGAUAAAGGGAAGGAAUCUGGGGUUGAGGGUGGGCCUGAUAAGGAUGGCUUUAUCCCUGUUAAGCAGAGAAAUAAAGGGAGGGGGCACAAGCGGGCCUUUAAGGAUAGUCAGAAUGAUCAAGGUUUCAAUCGGUUUGAGGUCCUAGAUAAUCAGGCUGUGGAGGAAGGGAUUCCUGUUGAGCUUUCUGCUGGGGCCUUUGGUAUGGAUGUUGGGAUGGAUACAGGGCUGGAGAAAGCGAUUGUUGUGCAGAAUUCAUCUUCGGCAUUGGUGCAGGGGAGUUCGGAGCCUCCUGGGGCCUCUGUAGAUGUGCAGGAUGAUAUUGUUUUAGCAGAUUUGGCUAAGGCAGUGUUUUCUUCAGGCAAAGGGCGAGGAUCGUCUCCUUCCUUGGGGGUGUUGCAACGCCCUCUCAAGAAGGGACAUUUUGAAUUUUCUUCGAAAGUUGGUCGUAAGAAGGAUGCAGACAAGCUUAAAUCUGCUGGGGAUCUUUUGGAAACUAAGCUUAUGGUGGAUCUCAUGUUUCAACAUGCUCCUCGUAUUUGGUUUUCUGGCCAGUGUCAGUGUAUUGGAUCUAGGGGAACCUCUGGGGGUCUGGCUCUUUUCUGGGAUCCUCGUAAGGUUGUCCCUCAUUGGUGGAUUUCCAGCCAGUCUGCUAUUUCUAUGGUGGCCUCGAUUUUGGAAUCUGGUGAGACUAUUUUGGUUAGUAAUGUUUAUGCUCCAAUUGAUAUUCGUGGUAAAUCCCAGCUUUGGGCUCAUAUCAGGUAUGUUAGGUCCUGUGCUCCCUUUCUACCUUGGAUUUUAGCUGGUGACUUCAAUGUUGUGUUGAGCUUGGAGGAGAAAAGGGGAGGGCUGCCUAGGCUUGGCCCUGCUUCAGAUAUGUUUCGGACUAAUGUGGACUCUCUAGCAUUGAUGGAUGUAAAACCCUCUAAUGGAAUUUUCACUUGGAAUAAUAGACGGAGUGGGCCUGAAGCGAUUACCCAGCGGCUUGAUCGUUUCCUUGUCUCUUGCUCUUGGGUUAGAGGUAGCUUGGUCAUUUGCUCUGAGAUUCUUGACUGGCGUGGCUCUGAUCAUUGGCCAAUUAAGUUUUCGACUUCAGCUUUUCCAAAUCCUAAGAACCCCCCUUUCAAAUUCCAGCUCAUGUGGUUGCGUGAUCCGUCUUUAGGUGAUCUUGUGGCUCAAUGGUGGCGGGAUGGCGCCCCUGCCUAUGGUACAUCUAUGUAUUCUCUGAUUCAGGAUUUGGGCUUCUCGGAGGCUCUUGGGCAUGCUGAAUCCCAGGCUCUGAAAUUGGUGGAAGAGUGGGAGCUCCGUGAAGAGAUUUUCUGGAAACAAAAGGCUAGGAUUGAUUGGCUUCAAGAGGGUGAUCGGAAUACGGCCUUUUUCCAUUAUUCUGUGCAAGCUCGUCGAAAUAAGUGCUUUAUCUCUUCUCUUGUUAACUCUGAGGGUAUUUCAAUCUCUGCUCAACAUGCUCUGUCUAGAGAGGCUCGUCAGUACUACUCUAAUCUUUUCACUGAGGAUUCUGUACCUGCUGAGGCUGAUGAAAAUAGAGUCCUUGCUUGUAUUCCUUCUUUAAUUUCUAAUGAGGUGAAUGCUUCUCUUAUUCGCCCAGUGACUCUGUGUGAAGUGGAGGAGGUGGUGUUUGGGAUGAACAAAGGGAAAGCCCCUGGCCCUGACGGGUUCCCAGUUGAGUUUUUCCAGGAGUUUUGGGAUAUUGUGAAGCAGGAUUUGUUAGAGGUGGUUUGUGAGUCUCUUCAUAGUAAGCAGAUGCUUCGCGCCUUGAAUGCUACUUUUCUGGUUCUCAUUCCUAAGAAGGAAGGUGCUGACAAACUUGAUCUCUUUAGACCUAUUGCACUCUGUAAUGUGGCAUAUAAGAUUAUUACGAAGUUGAUGGCUGAGAGACUCAAAUCUUGUUUGCCAAUGAUUAUUUCUGAGGAGCAAGGCAGCUUUGUGGCUGGGCGGCAAAUUUUGGAUGGGGUGGUGGUUGCGUCUGAAGCCAUUCAUUCCAUGGCUACUUCUCAGGAGAGGUCUAUGUUUAUCAAGUUGGAUAUGGCCAAAGCCUAUGACAGAGUUAAAUGGAGUUUUCUUCAGAAGAUUCUGUUGGCCUUUGGUUUUUCCUCUGAUUGGGUGAGUUGGGUGUUGAGUUGUGUGACUUCUUCCUCCUUUUCGGUUAUUAUGAAUGGGGAGCCUUCUGAGCUUUUUGGGUCUACUAGGGGUCUUCGUCAGGGGGAUCCGCACUCUCCUUAUUUGUUUAUUAUUCUGGCUGAGGGGCUUGGCCGUCUUCUUAAAUCUCAGGUUUCUCAUGGCUUGAUUCAUGGUUGGCAGUGGGGGAUGGGCUUGCCUACACUUUCUCAUCUCCAAUUCGUGGAUGAUACCUCUCUUAUGGGUCUGGCUCGUAUUAGGGAGGCUGAUUCCUUCAGGAAAACUUUGGACAUCUACCUUGCGGCUUCGGGCCAGAGAGUCAAUGAGCAAAAGUCUUCUAUUUUCUUCUUUAAUACUCCUCAAGCUAUCCAGCAUAGGAUUGCUGCCAUUCUGCGGUUUCAAAUUGGAACUCUUCCCUUUGUUUAUUUGGGUAUUCCUCUUACUGUUGGUCGUCUGCCCAGAUCUUCUUGGCAGCAGUUGCUUGAUAAGCUUAGGAGAAAGGUUUCUCAAUGGACCCAUCGUUGGUUGUCUUCUGCAGCUAGAUUGACUCUUCUUAAGUCUGUCAUCCAGGCCCUUCCCAUCUACAGGUGCUUUGUUCAAGCGGCUCCUAUGUAUUUCCUUAAGGAAUUUGAUGCUCUUUCUCGUCAAUUUCUUUGGAGCGGUAAUUUAUUGUCUUCAAAAUGGAGCCUUGUUAAGUGGGAAUCAGUGUGUAGACCUAAGCAGGAAGGGGGUCUUGGUUUACGCUCUGCUAGUUUGAAUGGAAAAGCUCUUGCUGCUAAGCUUUACUGGCGCUGGUGCACCCAUCAGCACCAGUUAUGGGCUCGUAUUCUCAACCUUAAAUAUCUUCGGGGUGUUGCUUCUUUUGAGGUCCCUCGCUAUCCUCUGGAGGGGGGUGGUUCUAUGAUCUGGCAUACUUUGAAAGUGGGGGCGCAGUUGAUUAAGGAUGCUCUUUUUUGGAUCUGUCAUUCGGGUUCACAGGCUCUUUUUUGGUUAGAUUCUUGGGAUGGUCAUCCUCCUAUUCUUUCUUCUUUUCCUCAUCUCCAACCUCUAUCUGAGGUUUUUAGCGCAGCUGGCUGGGAUACUGUGGAGCAUUAUAAGGUGGCACAACAUGAUGGUUUGGUUCUUCGGUUUCGUUGGAAGCACCCUUCUGAGUGGCCUCCAGGAGGGUCUGAGGGGGAUAGGUGUGAGCUUUCCCAACUUUUGGCUUCCCGUGCUUGUAAUUCUUUGAGAGGAACUGAUGUUUUGGCUUGGGAUGGUUCAGACUUGUCUGGAAAGUACUCUGUGGUUGCUGGUUAUAAACAGAUUGGUAGGCAGUUGUUUGGGGACAUUGAGGUCCCUUGGUGGAAGCAUGUUUGGCACAAGUUGUCAUGGCCCAAGUGCAACUUCUUUAUGUGGUUAGUGGCCCAAAAUCGGUGUCUCACUUGGGAUAAUUUAUGUAAGCGUGGUUUUCAAGGCCCUUCUAUGUGUGUUUUGUGUCAAGGUUGUGAAGAGAGUGUAUCCCAUAUCUUCUUCCAAUGCUCCUAUGCUAGGGAGAUUUGGCACUUCUGGUGGGGAGUGUGGAAUACGACCUGCUGGCAUGUUUCCUCUUUGGUGGAAUUUUGGGAACGAUGGGGAAGGGCCCCUGUUUCUACUUCCUUUCUCCAGGCUGCUUGGGCCAUUGGGCCUUCCUUUAUUAUCUGGAAUCUUUGGUUGGAGAGGAAUAGGCGGAUCUUUCAAGAUUUGCAGCUGAUGGCUCCUCACCUUUGGAGGAAAAUUUUACACUCCUUAGGGGAAACUAUUGUCGCUAAGUGUGAUAUGACUAUGCGGGUGGACCCUCGGGAUGUUGAUUGUUGUAAUCGCCUUCAUCUUCCUCCUCCGCAACGACAACUCAUGCGUAACAGGUGUAGGCAUCCUACCCCAAAGGUGAAUAGGGAGGGAAGAUGGUCCCCUCCUCCCUUGGGAGUCCUAAAAAUCAACUCGGAUGGCUCUUCUCGUGGUAAUCCUGGUCAUGCUGGCAUUGGAGGUGUGGGUCGUGAUAGCUCAGGGGAUGUUCAGUUUAUUUUCUCUGAGUAUAAGGGUCUUCAUACGAAUAAUCUUAUGGAGGCUCAGGCUAUUUUAGUGGCUAUGGAGCGGGCCAAUCAGUUGGGUUGGCGAAGGAUCAUAUGUGAGUCUGACUCCCAGGUUGUGGUGAACUUACUGAAAAGGCAGUAUAUGGAUAAUGUGAGCUGGCAGCUGGCCUUGAUUGUUGAACAAAUUCUCACUCUCUGUGCAUCUCUGGAGCAUGUUACUUUCAACCAUAUUCCCCGUGAAUGGAAUGGUGUGGCUGAUUGCUUGGCUAAAUGGGCUUCCAAUCAUAUGCAUGAUUGGAAUUUGGUGGAUCGGGGCCAUCUGCCCCCGGAUUUGUCUCAUCAAUUGGAUCACUUGGUUGAUCUUGAUAGGGCCAUUUAA